AGAAGAAAGAGAAUAUAGAAAUGCAUUCGAAAUCUCAAUCACGUAAUUCAAAACCACCACGCUUUCAGUAAAUUAUUGAUUAUUUAAAGUGAGUGCGGUAAUAUCAAGCGCGCCAAUUUCAAAUGGCAGACGACGCAACUGCUGAAAAUUUGAAAAGGAGUUAUUUGGCAGCUUAUCAAACUCUAUUGUUUUCCAAAGGAAACAAAUCUAAGGCAGAAAUCGCUGACAUUGAGCGUAGAUGUUUGUUCAUUAAGUACGUGACUUGUAAAAAUAGCAUAAACGAAGAUGUGGCUGGUUCACUGCUUCGAAAGGAGCUGCAAAAUUAUGCAAGCCUUGUUGACAACAAAAGUGGGUUGAACAAUUAUUGGAAGCAGUUCAACCUGUUGAAUGUCAACACGAAAAACGAUCCAUUGGAAUGGGAGUCGAAUUUGACAGAUCCGAAUUUAGCGCUACAAUACCUAGAGCCAUUGCCCUGCAGUAAAGAGGCCACUCAUCCGUGUGUUAAUCAACAGUUCUUGGAUAAGGAUGUUAAGAGAGUCAUGGAUACGUGGAAGAAUGGAGGCUCGGUUCCAAGAGCAAGGAAAGUUCCUGUACAACAGCAGGAAGUCAAAGUUGUUCAAAAUAAAACUAUUGACUCCAGGCAUGUGAGGACAGUCGGUUCAGCAGCACAACAGAGGCACUUUGAUCCUGCGUCAAGUUUGAUGAAGACUAUAAGCUCAGAAAAAACAAACACCGGUCACAAAAAGCCUAAUACUGUGGUCGAAAAGGCAGGGGAAAAAUCGGAAGAAAAUAAGUUUGCUGGAUUCAAAACGGCCAGAACAGCAUUAGCGAUACAGCAGCAGGUAAAAAAUAAUCGACAAGGGCCAAGUAUAAAUAGACAAACAGCAAUGAAUAACAAGCCACCGGUUAAAAAAUCUCUGGGUGGCAAAGCGCUCAAUGCUCCCUAUGUUUGUCCAUUCAAAGAUGAACAGCAGCAACAGCAACAGCACUCAUCAAAAGAAGAAGAGUUGUCCGAAGUGACUGACGAGAGACUCAAGGGUAUAGAGCCAAAAAUGAUCGAACUCAUUCGAAAUGAAAUUAUGGAUUGCGGCAAUCCAACUACCUGGGACGACAUUGCUGGACUGGAAAAUGCAAAAAGAAUUAUCAAAGAAAUCGUCGUUUUUCCAAUGUUACGUCCAGACAUCUUCACAGGCUUGAGGAGACCUCCCAAGGGAAUUUUAUUAUUCGGUCCACCUGGUACGGGUAAAACAUUGAUCGGCAAGUGCAUAGCAUCUCAAAGUAAAUCGACGUUCUUCUCGAUCUCUGCCAGCUCACUCACGUCCAAAUGGAUCGGUGAAGGAGAAAAAAUGGUACGCGCGCUCUUUGCCGUGGCCCAGGUCGAACAGCCUUCUGUAGUGUUUAUCGACGAGAUCGAUUCUCUUUUAACUCAAAGAUCAGAGACCGAACACGAGUCCUCCAGAAGAAUGAAGACUGAAUUCCUAGUGCAGCUUGAUGGCGCGGCAACGGGAGACGACGAUCGUAUACUUGUGAUCGGUGCUACCAAUCGGCCAUACGAGCUCGACGAAGCAGCACGCAGACGACUCGUUAAGCGCUUAUACGUGCCAUUACCGGAGUUAGAGGCCAGAGCCCAAAUUGUUCGUAAUUUGUUAAAGUCAGAACGUCACGAAUUAACCGAGGAAGAUAUUAAUGAGAUCGCCAAAUUGGCCGAUGGUUAUUCUGGAGCCGAUAUGACUAAUCUUUGUAAAGAAGCGAGUAUGGGCCCGAUCAGAAGUAUACCCUUUGACCAACUGGAAGCCAUUAGUACGGAAGAUGUAAGAAAAGUUACAUUCGUCGAUUUUAAAGAGGCUAUUAAUACAGUUCGUCCAUCUGUGUCUCCCAAAGAUCUGACCGUUUACUUGGACUGGGACCGUACUUAUGGUACAGCAAGUGCACAACCUAGAAGAUGAUUGAUCGGAAUAAAAUAUAGACAUUAAAUUAUUUUUCUACCAAUUUUUGU